AUGGAAAACACCGGCCGUUGCAUGCAUUGUAGUAAACCUUGGGUCGUUCGACACCCAGACGACGUCAACCACGUAAUGAAUCAUCUGUACAGAGGCCAGCCCAAUCUCCCACCUGCUAUGAAUGAGUACAACGCGGACGCUGAAGAGAUUGACCUGAACGAGCCAAAUGUUCCAGCUUAUUUGUCCCUUGCGGAAGAUUGCUGGGACUACAUCGUGCAACCCCUCAUGAAUGCAUUGAGACCACUACGAGGACUUCCAUACUUCUUGAUCAUGCCCAUUCAUUUCCUUCUUCUUAAUCUCUACUGCAUUAUCACCGGUAUGGACGGGCCAUUUCUUCGUCAAUCAUCCCUGUAA